AUGGUUGGUACAAGACCUCGCAUUCGUGAUCUCGGCUACAGCCCCGGGCGAUUCAGGCCAGGCCCGAAAAACUCGCUGCUCGACGUGAAAGGUGUCACGGUUGGCCAAAUAACAAUCCACAAAGACCCCGACGUUCAUACAGGCCUGACACUGAUUUUCCCACGCGGAAUGCAUGGAACCCGCCAGCACCCCUGUUAUGCGGCCAGCCAUGAUCUGAACGGAAUGGGCGAGUUACGGGAUCGCAUGGGAUUGCAGAGUGGGGCCCUCACAAACACGGUAUCUAUCGGGAAAGUCUAUGACGCCCUGUUCUCAUUCCAGUUCGAGCAGGCCGAUGCACUUUGCGAAGAGGACAUUGAGUCAGCCAGGCGCAUGACUAUUCCGGUCGUGGGAGAGACCUUCGACGGGCUGCUAAACGACAUACGGCGCUCGGUGAUCGAUAAUACCACCGUCUACAGAGCUAUCGAAGCCGCAGAAACGCAGCCUGAAAUCCUCGAGGGGAACCACGGCGGACUAAAUAUGGGGCAGCAGCUACACAAUACACAGGAGUCGAAUUAA